UCCAAACGCGUCCGUUGCACCUUGCCUAAAUAAAACUACCCAACAGGACAUUGCUGACGCCUCCUUUUCUAACAUGUCGGCCAUUUCUGAAAACGAGUGGAAAAAAGCCCUGAGUGACAUCUUGGAUGAGCUGACCGAAACUCAGUACAAGAAGCUGGUGGAGUUUUUGGAUCAAAUCCCUAAAAGUAGGAAGCCCAGCAGAUGCAGUGGAAAGAUGCCUGGAGUAAUCAUUGAGUGUUACGGACUGGAACGGUCUGUUUCUGAAAUCAAUAACUUAUUAGAUUGGAUUGGAAGAAGAGACAGUCGUGUCCAGGACCUGCUGCGCCCCUUUGUGAACAAACUGGGCGAGGGCGAUGUCAAAGAAAACACGGGAGAGAAGAGGAAGCAUGAUGAAGUUGAUAAGGAAUGUCCAACAGACACACAAACAGGCAGUGAGGACCAACCGACAGAUCUACAGAUCAGCUGCCAGCCUGACAAGAAGAGAAGAGCUUCUUGGGAGAUAACCAUCUCUGAUGUGAAGUCCACGGCCCUGCUUCUUGAGACUGCAGGAUUUUACGGGAAAGUCGUCCAGAAAUCUGGGCUCCGUGUUUAUUCCACCAGAGAGGAUGAGAAAAGAUUCUUCUUUUAUGCUGCGGUGGCUGAUAAGUCAGACUGCGUCAAACUGAUGGUUUAUGGAAAAGAUCACGAUCGAAACAUCAAGGAAGAAAAGUCCUACUUAUUCAGAAGACUGAAGAAAGAUCCAAAAGUUGUUAAAGUGACAACAUCAAGCAUAGUGUCUGAGAUCAAAGCUGUUCAGGUCCCUGAGGAGCUGGAGGAGGAAGCUCGGAGGCUAAUUUAUCCUGAGAGUCCAUUCUACUCCAUCACUGAGGUCAGAUCAUUACCUGACAAGACAAACGUGAGCGUGGUGGGAACCGUUGAAGAGAUCGAUCCAAUCAAAGAGAUAAAAGUGGCGUAUCAGAAGCAGAAGAAAAAGACCCAACGUUUUAAGCUGAAAGACGAGUCCAGCUCCACGUGGAUCUGUAUGUGGGGAGAAGAAACCCAGCAGUCCAAAGGCUUGUCAGUGGGAGAUGUAGUGAAGCUCACCAACAUGAAGGUCAACAAAUAUUACGACGAGGUGAAGCUGAACUCCACUGGAUCCACUAAAACUGAAAAGGUUGAAUCUGUGGGCAUCCAGAGUACCAAAAUGAAGAUCGUUGGGAUCCAGAAGGCCAUAAAGAAGGAGACACGCCUGGAGGGGGAUGUUGGCGGAGAGGUGCACACCUUCGUUGUGUCAUCUAAACUUCUGGCGAAGGCACUGGGCAUCAAACUAGAUCGUGAUUAUAAAGAAAACCUCCUGGAUAAGCUACCGUUCCAGGCUGAUGUGGAAAUCAAAGGGAAUAAAAUAAAGGAAAUGACCGCGGUUUGAGGGAGCUGAUUGGUUAAGUUGUUCCAAAGUCAAGACUCAAAACUAAAGGCGACGGAGCCUUCUCCAUCAGGACACCUCGACUUUGGAACAACCUGCCCGAGGAACUAAGGCGUGCAGAAUCAGUGACAUCUUUGAGAUCACUUCUUAAAACUCAUUUUUAUAGAGUUGCUUUUAUGCGAUGUUGUCUUCUGUCUUUUACUGUCUCCUCUUUCUUUUGGUCAGUUUUCUCACCUUUAUUUUUCUACUUUUCCUUACAUUUAUUAUUCAAUCUUAAAGUUUUUAUGUCUACUCUAGUCUGUAUUUUAUACCUUGAUCUGAUUCCUAUCCUUCCUUUGCUUCUACUCCUGUUUGAACUAUUUUUUAUUAUUUCUAUCACUAUUAUUAUUAUUACCUGACAGCCUCUACCUUUUUAAUUGUUGUUUUCUGAUCAAAUAAUUUGUUUUUAUCUUUUCUUUAUCUUACGCUUGUGUUGUGUUAUGACGCUUUGUCUUAUUUGUGAUUCUGCUUAUUGUCAAAGCAGGUUGUAA